AUGAGUCGGAUUGAGCGAAUUCUAUACAUUUCUUUUAUAGGAAUUUUAUUUGUUGUUUUAUUUAUUUAUUAUAAUUUUAUUUUAUUUCUAGUCUGGAUCAUCGUGAUAGAUUUUCACUCAUUGGGUUUGAGGGUCGUUUCCUUGUCGCUAAAUAGCUACAGACAGUUGCGCGAAGAAGCUGCUUCUGAUAGGAUGGUCGAGAUCGAUAGUGAAACAAGUUUCCAUUUGCUCCCAAAAUCUAAACAAGUUUUAAAUAUCGCCGUGCAAGUUUUGUUAGUUUUAAUCGAUUUGAUCAAGGUUGUUAUUGUUGGACUACCGAUAUUGGUCCGAGAAUUCAUCAACGUGGUUAUUCCCAAAAAACUCAAAAAUGUUUCCGGGCAGCUUGCGUUGGUCACCGGUGGCGGUAAUGGGCUAGGCAGAGAGAUAGCUUUACUGUUAGCAGAUAAGGGAUGCAACAUUGUUGUCGUGGAUAUCGAUAUGCGAUCAGCGGAAAGAACCUGUGACGAGCUACGCAGUAAAAACGUGAAAGCCUUCGCUUACCAAGUUGAUGUGUCGUCCUUCGGUGAAGUUCAAGCCCUGUUCAGCAAGGUGUAUGGCGAUAUCGGUCCUGUCGAUAUCCUGAUCAACAAUGCAGGGCUUAUUCAUUUCACUUUUCUGCAGGAUAGCAGUGAGGAUGAUAUUAACAAGCUCAUUGAUGUUAAUGUGAAAUCGUACAUUUGGACCACAAAAGUUGCCCUGACUAAGAUGAUGGAACAAAAGCGAGGACACAUAGUAGCCAUUUCGUCGAUUUGCGGUAUCUAUCCACAUCCCUGGGCUGUCGUGUAUACCGCAUCAAAGCAUGCCGUGAACGGUCUCAUGGGAGCACUACAUGAGCAAUUGCGUCUUCAAGGAUACGCUGACCACAUCCGGACGACCUGUGUGUGUCCGUACUACAUUGCCACGCGUCAAGAUGUUGUGGACUUUUUGAAGAAACCCCGGUUCAAGUUGUUAACAACUGCUUAUACGGCGCGAGUUAUUGUUGACGGAAUCCUACGAAACGAGCAUAACGUUGCUGUUCCACCGUUUUUCGACCUAGGGAUUAAAUUGAUGCACUUAUUUCCCAUGAAAAUCCAACACCUGGUACGAGAUUAUAUUGUAAGAGAGUACGAACUAAAUUCAAUGUGACCACUAAAUUCAAUGUUUGUUAGCACAAACUAACGAGCACCUUAAUUGUGAAAAAGAGGCAACGAUAUCCGGAGGGCCGUAAAUCAGUAGAACAAAUCGAAUUCACAUAUAAAAAUUAAGAUAGCUGAUAGCUGAGGUGAUAGUAAGUAAGGCAGCAGUUCGCUGGAUUCCUCAGCACACCGGUAGCAGUCAACCGUACAGGAUGACACAGAUAUGUCGGCACUAUUUGAUUUUAAGGUUAGGGUUACCGUGACAGGCGGCGCGCCCUCACUGCGUACUUAAAUACGUUUACCUCUAUAAUGAUGACAAUAAUAGGCACCGCACCGUGCAAGAUGUACAGAUAAUUGACGUCAGAUAUGAGGUGCCUUCUGUUUGAAAAUUACCUCCGAUGUAAUAUUUGAUGUUGUCACAGCAAUACAAACAUAUAGGUUGUUCGUUGAUAUCCGCAUUUGUGCAAGUUUGAUAUUAAAAUAUUGUAUGAAUUUAUGACUGAAACGUCGUGGAAAAAAGUUAUACAGCCUUAGUUAGGUUAGUUUCUGGGUUCCCAAUGGAAAACGACAUAAGAAUUCAGAUUACAUUCGUUCGAAAAAGCGAUUCGUCAUAAUACAUAAUAUGGCUGAUGAUCAGCUAGAGUAGAUGAUCCUAAGGCCAGCGGCGUGCUGUUAGCCCGAUUGACCCCCGUCAACCUCAAGAAAGAGCUGAAAUCUUGAUUUGCUUUAUAAAAUAUGUGAGGAUAGAUCAUAAAAUAAGUCAGGAUAUGCGUGCCAUUUCCACAUAUAUAUUAAA